CCCAACACCGCCCGGAUCCCCGAGCACCGACUCUUGCUUCUUCCACCAUCCCAUCCCAAGCCUGAGCUCAGGGGCCAUCCACGCCUACCUGCCCUGCAGUCCCUACCUCUCCCAGAAACUGACCACUGAGCCUCCCCCAGCACGCACCAUGAGGGGUGACCUUCUGCUCGUUGCCAUGCUGGUCCUCGCCGUGGGUCACAGCCGUGGGGCCGAGUGCGAGGUGACGCAGGAUCAACCAGCGCUCCGCGGGGGUCAGAGCAAGAAGCCCUCAGACCUGCCCCAGCUGCCACUGUCCCUGCUCCGGAGACUGUACGACAGCCGGGCCAUCUCGCUGGACGGACUGCUCGGACUUCUGGCCCAGACCAGUGCCGAUCCCAAGGAGCUUGCCUCUCCCCAAAAGCGUGACAUGCACGACUUCUUCGUGGGACUCAUGGGGAAGAGGCGCGCCCGGGCGGACGGAGACAAGGAUGCCUUCCCCAACUUCAGGGACCCCAAGUAUUCUUCCAGUGUGACGGAAUGAGAUCCGCGCUGCGCCCUGGGGGCCUCCCGGCUGGCAGCGACUCCGGCCGGCGACCCGGCCCGCUCGCCUGCCCCCUCCCCUCCCGGAC